GCACACAACUGUGCGGACGACCCUUCACUCCAUGAUUACUGUCUUUAUAGACAUACCUAUCCUUUUUUGUUGCCGUCAUUUUUACAGUACAGUCCAUAUUAAUAAUCGCCCCUAAAAACUGUUUUUGUGUGUGAAUUGAUUCAAAUAUAAUUGCAAUUCAAUUAUCCGAUUCAAAACUAUAUAAUUUACGGAAAUCUGUGGCAACUUUUGGUCAAAACCAUUACCGAUAGUAUACUAUGGAUUCGUCGGGUGAACAGCACUUUGAUUUGAGUGAAUAUCGGGUGAUCUCUAUAGAGGACAACCAUAAGGUGGCAAUGAUUAACACAAUGAAUGGCAUUGUGACUGACCCGCCGGUCGUGGACUUUGCCGAUAUAAAGUCGAUGAUCUAUAAGUUGCGGGCAUUGAUUCAGAUGUUUGACGACUCAUUUAUCACUAGUUGUCUGAAUGAUAACAAAUUGAAGACAUUCGAGUCGGUGACCGAAGCCGACCUGACAGACAUUAGUCAAUAUAUCAGAAAUUGGUUGAUCUCUUUUUAUAACGCCGAAAGUCAAAGCCUUAUCGAAUCACUUAAAUUAGAGGACGGCAUACAAGAGGUGCUAUCGAUGGCCGCCUUAUUGAUACUAAAUGUGUUUCGAAUGAUGAAAGACUCGAUACCUGAUGUAAGGGAAGCGUUGGACGAGAAUUGGAUGUAUUUGCAAGAGUUUGACGACCAGUUAGAAGCCAUGUGGAAGAGUGACAAAGCGUUUACUCUUUUGCAGACAGAGCUCGAGUGCGAACGUAUACAACGGUUAGCCGAUCGGCAAAAGUUGACAAAAUUAGAGAAAGAGGUCAACACUUAUAAGAGAAAAGUUCAACAAUCAAAGGAAAUGCUGGAAAAGUUGAAAAAGUUUGCCUCAAAACCGGCUCCGAAAAGCCGCAAACGUGGCGGAGGUGUUCAAACACCGUCACGAAGAGGUCGACGCAAAGGUGAACAGGGAUGGGGUACGAGAACUGAAAGCGAGAUUGAACCUGAUUUGCCACCACUGCCCGGCACACCAGUGCUUUUGUCGUCAUCAGGAACUGGUUCGUCGUGUCGAUACUGUGGCAAAUGGUUUAACGAUUCGGCAAAACUCGCCAAACAUAUCAUAAUACACGCGGGUAGCAAACCAUUUGCCUGCGAUUGGCCCGGUUGUGGCCGACCAUUCGACUCCAACUAUAAACUACAGCGACACCGGAGAUGUCAUACUGGGGAACGACCGUUCGCUUGUGAGACAUGUGAUAAACGGUUUACCAGAUCUGAUAAACUACGAGAACAUCAACGACUGCAUCUCAGGGAUAGUACAGUCGCUAACCAAAAACAAAUAGAAAUCAAUAUUAAUCCUCAAGAAGUUGAACAACAAGAUGAAGACGAUGGAGAAGAACAACAACAAGAGGUAGAAGAUGGAGAAGAAGAACAACCAACACAUGACAGUGUGGAACACAUUCUUAUUAAUACUGAAGAGAUGGUCACCAAUGAGUAGUGAAAUUAAUUUUCUAAAUAUAUUGUAAAUCAAACCUAUUUUUAAUC